AUGACCAACAUGCUGGCGAGCAAGAACGACCACAUCGUCGCCGGGUACCACAAAUGGGCAAUGUGCGGCGGCGGCGCCGUGCUCGUGAGCCACACGGCGCCCGUCUGCGUGCACGACACGCAGUUCCCCGUUGAGUUCAUGCGCAUCAUCGAGAAAGCCCCCGUGUUCAAAUCAGCUCUCACGAUUGAAGUCCCCCGUUGGGCAGAGGCGGGAGAGCUGGCGAUUGCGGGGGGCAGGAUCACGGAUGUCGGUGAUUUCAAAAUGAUCCCCUUGGCCGACGGCGGCUUCGUCCAGGACAUCUACCUCGAAACAGUUUCCGCCAAGUUGUUUCGGGGCGGCGCGGAGCCGCGCGGACUUCCCUGCGCGACGCAUCGCCCAAAGAAGACCGCUUUCGCGAACAUCUCCAUCGGCGCCAGACUGUUCUUGAUAGCUCUGCUUGGCACUGCAUUUGACUUUGCCCGUGAGAAGAUGCACAGAGAUGUGUAUCUUCUGAUCUCGCUGCGGAAACUUGGGCACAAAGUUGCUAUGUCCGAAAACGGACCGCACAAACCAAUCGAGGAUGGCAAUCGUUUCCUGGCACCGCUUGGGAAGAAACUUAUUCAUGUUGACAGCCCCAGCGCUCCAGCACGCUAUGCGAAGCACGUCGUGCACGUCGACAACCGUGACAUUGCAGUGAAGGUGUUCGACGAUGGCUUUGACGUCAUCGACGGCGACGAGCAGUUUCAGUUUGAAGAAGAUGUCACAUGUCUGGCAGAGUACUUCGGGGCAGACGCUACUUGGCACACUGUUGUAGACGCUUGCGGGGUUGACGCCGUGCCCGAGGCCCCGGGCGAUCGGAGCAAUGGCGAAGGCGACGACGUGACUUCGUACAUCGGAGGAAGCCGCGACGCCGAGCGCCCUCUUGGCAUCGCGUCAGACGCUCUGCCUGUUCUGUUGUCUUCGAUCGAGCCCGACUCGGAGCACGACAGCAGCGACAUGGACGAGUUGUUCGCUGGCGCGAACCAGCGAUGGAUGGAGUGGCACAUGCGGCACCUUCGGCCCAUGGCCCCUCGCGAUGUCCUCCGCUAUUUCGAACAGCGGGGUAGCGAUGAGGACGAGACCCGCGACUCUUAUCUCGGGCAGAGCAGCGACGCCGAGCAGAUCUUGGGCACCAUGGAAGACGCUGGAGCAGUCUCAAUGUCCCCGAGCGAACCCUAUUCUGAUUUCGACGCUUGGUCAAGCGGUGGCAAUGAGGAGCCAGAUUCUGCAUUUGUCAGCGUCGAUGCAUGGCACGACAGCCCCGGUGAGCGAUGGAGGGAUUGGCAACUUCGGCACCCGCAGCCCGUGACUCUUCGCAAUGUGUUCGACGAUGUUUACGAAUGCGAAGAUGACGCCAGGGGCGGUGCCCUCGGCGAGAGCAAUGGUUCCGACGACCUGCGUUCCCCCGUUGCAAAUGCGGAGUGCAAUGCCGCGGAGGCUGGUCCCCGAUGCGAUCUUGGCGCCGCUGACGGCGAGGGGGAGCUCGCGUGCCUCAACUGGGCGCUGAACGCAUUGGGAGCGCCCGUCCCGACGAACAUGAAAGGGCCUUUUCGCGCCCUUGAGCACGGGAACACGUGGUUGGCCGAAUUGGGGCUGCAGCUCGUUCGGCAACCGCGAGGGCCGAGCGGCCCUGGCAGGUACGCGAAGUGGGAGCCGCCGCCGCGCCGCUCUGGCGCGCAUGGGCAUUUCAAGGCUGCACGCGUUCAUGUCGCAGGAAUUACCGUCACUGACCGUCGCGGAGGGCGCUUCGUCUCCAUGGAGUAUCGGUCUUUGGAUGCAAUUCCAAGCGUUCUUGGCCACAAAUGGUCCUUGCUUCAAGAAGUGCAGCUAAGCGACGGAGACGGAGAUCCUUUGGGCGGCGCGGGCGACUCGGAGCUCGACGCCGGCGCCGCGGGCGCUCGCGAACCAAGCCAGGGGCGAGGUGUUGUUGACUUUCCGUUAACUCAAGCAGUGGAUAGUAUGUUGACAGAGGAUGAGGUGGCUGCUGCCAUUCGAAAUUCGAUGGUCGUAUUCACCCGCUGCGAGCCGAACGAGCCCGCUUGGCCUCCCCAGCGCUCGCCUGAUUCGCCCGACAUCAACAUUGUCCAUGACGGCAACUGCCUUUACCACUGCGGCCUCGCCUCGGAGGACAUGACUGCGUGGAUGCGAUCCCAUAAGCCCACAGGCAACGGCCUCACGUCCGAGCAGGUCAGAUCAGACGAAGAUCGGGCGAAACAUUUUCGCGGAAAGAUGAUGGAGAUCAUCGCGCGGGAUCGCGGGCAGAAGGCCGCUGACCGACUCUUGGGGGCGUCUUCCGACAGCUACCCAGGCCUUGACGACAUGGAGGCUUUUUGCGAAGUGAUUCAGGGUCAAGCCGUCGCGCAGUCCGAUACACUGUGUCAGAUUAAGUACGGCGACAGGUACCCUCUGGCGGUUUUCAUUAGGCAUCACCAGGCAUCGGGCGCCGACCACUUCGACCUGAUACAGAGCUGGAGACAUGCCGCGCGGCCGAGCGAAGACGCCGCGGGGGCGGCGGUGGAGCCGCCCGCAGCAGGGCGUUCGCCAGCUGGAACUACCGCGCGGCAGGCGCAACAUUCAAGUCGAGAACGGGCAGCGGCGGCUUCGCAGAUGGGCGUCGACGUCGACGACGACGACGCCGCCGAUCCAACGGUGGCGGGGAGCCACUCGGAUGCGCUGGGAAAGCGGUUGAAAAUCCCUGGCGCGGCGGCGUCCACCUCCGAUUUCGAUGCAUUAUUCGGCGAGGCGGAAAACUAUUCCGCGUUCCUGAGUGGCCUGGUUCCAGAACCAAGACGGGAGGACGACAGCAUCCUCACGAUCACGGCCGGGUACCGCAAGUGCAUUGCCACGCAACAGCCAGACUGGAGCCCGUGGCUUCGCCGCCUGGCCAUGGAAGCUUUGUGCGUUUACAGGCUUCGCUUUUCUGAGAUCUACACCCGCGAAUUGGUUUUGCUGUUGCACGUCAUCCUCGGAGACGAUUUCUUGCGCGGACAUAAUGGAGUAGCUUACUUUUGGAAUAACAAGCUAGGCUGCUUCGACAAGUUCGAUGGGCUUUUACCAGAGUGGACUUACUUUUUGAUGAAGUCGUACUUGUUGUCCUUGGAAGGAAUGUUCAGAAGUUUCACGGACGACGUAUAUAAGAACGAUUCAGCAAUCCUCGCCGCCGUGGACAGCUCCUUCGGCAGGCAGGGCAGAGAAGAUAAGAAGGCCCGCCUAUCGUGGAUCGACAACGCCGUUUUCAAUUACGGCUCGAAGAUUCUGUCGAAAGGCAAGGGGAAGGGGAAGGCCCUCCUGGACGGCGAGGUGAUUGGCGAAGGUGGCAAGGGCGAUGGCAAGGGGAAGGGCAUCAUGCAAGAAGACGGUGAAGGGGAGGACUUGUUCGCGGCAGACGAAGGCGCCGCCGCUGCGCCCGCGGUGCUCGAUACGCAGCAGCCCAAUGAGCCGCGGUACAUCUUCCAGGCCAAUGCCAUUGCCAGGGUUGGCCACGCAUUGCAAUCCAAGGUCAAGACAGGGGACUUGAUUUCGUAUUACUGCGAAUGGUGCAGCACCCCGAAGCCCGACGUGAAGGGAUUCGCUGUCAUUGACGUCGCCUACCUGUACGAUACCCAGGCAGCGAUCCAGAGGGUAGAAAGAUUCUACCGUCAGACCUACUGGGCCAACGCGGCAGCGUUUCAAUGUUGCCAGGCGGCCAUCGCUCUCGCCAAACGAGGGAUGAACAUCGAUCAGGUAUUCUUCUUCUGGGGCAGCGAUGGCGUCGGACUCUCAUUGACGACGCCCUUGUUGUCCAAUAUGCUUGGGUCCAACCUCCAUCGGUACUUCGACCCGCAAGUGUUCUACAUGGACGAUGAAAUGAGAGAGCAAGUGGAAUCUCUUGUCGGUUCAAUUGCGACGACCGCUCAGGAAAAACCAGAGGGGAUAAACAAGUCGUUCCGAGAAGACCUGUUCAAGAAAAUGGCGACGGCGGAUGGCAUUUUCGGUCGGCUGCCGUACGCCGUACUGACCAAGGUGAUAACGUUGAUCGGCUGGAAAAGAAUGGAGCUGAACAAGCUCAUCACCUUCGGCGGCGUCCCUGAGACAGCAUUCGACGCUGUUUUUCGCCGCAGCCGGUUGAUCCGCAUCAGGUCAAAGUUCCUCGAUCAAGAAUGGAUCUCAAAUUUUCUGCCAGACUCAGAGAAGCACGGCAUCUUCCCACGUCAGCCCGACCUGAAGGAAUUCAUGCAGGCUGGCCCUGCGGGCCUCGCGGCGAAUAUAUUGCAAUGCAAAUAUGAGAGGCAGAACGACGAGGCGGCCGCGCGGCGAGCGCUGGACGACUACACGCUGCGCGGUGGAGACCACGGGAUGACGGAGAUGCACAUGAGAGCUGCGCGUAACCUUCCUGCGCGGUCGUCGCGGCGGGCUCGCGGCAGCGGCAGCCCCCCUGGCAUCGACCUCGCUGCAGGUGCUGAAGAUCAGCAUCUGUCGCUUCACUACGACGGGAUCAGGGUAGAUCGGUCUCGCGCGACGGCCACGCACGGGUCCGUCGAGGCCUUCUGCGGGGACGCCACGGUGCACUUUGCAGAGCAAACGGGCUUUGCAGUGGACAUCGUUGAGAAGCACCUUUUUUUCUUUCUCGAGCUCCUGGAUCAGGCCGCGGCAAAACGACAUGCAAUCUCCAACGGCGGAGAAAAUUGUUCUUUGCUUCAUGCCGACGGCAACUGCAUCCCCGCGGGCAUCCACGACCUCGGCUUGUCCCCCGUGGCCCUCGACAAGGCCUCCAUCGUGACUUUCCACGUUGGGCGAGAGGUCUUUCCGCCGUCAUCGGUAUACCAAGAUCACGACUGCCCGAUGUUCGAUCCUCCGCCGCAGUGCGAGACGCGGCCCCUGUGCCUGACGCGGAAGCACCUCCAUCUCAAGGAAGUGCUUCCGAAUUUGAAGUUCUUGUCCCUGGAUCCCGUGCACUUGCCCAUUGCUUAUGAGUACGCGCAUGGGAACAAACGUUCGCCAGGGUCCAGGGUGCUUCGGCUGAUAAUGGCCAAGCUGACGAAGGUGCGCAGCGACCUGCCGAGCGACCAGUGGGGCCCUCCUCACACAGGCGUAGAGAGCAUUGCAUUCAGCCUCUCGGAGACCGACGCGAGGUCCCAGAUUUUGCAUUCGUCAAUGGGCGGGAAGCACGCGCAGAACAUAGUGAAUCAUCUGGACGGCGACGUGCCCUGGGCCACGCCGUUCGAGUUCAUCAGGCCCCUGGCUGCGCUAAGCAAAACAGGGCGACGUGUUGGCAAGAGCUGCCGCCUCAAUGGCAAUCCCGUCGGCUAA